AUGUAUUGUAGUAAAAUUUGGGGACUGUUUGAAACAAUUAUCAGUGUCAUUUGUUCCAUAAAUUCAGUGUGGAACACAUUUAUUCAUUAUCUCGAUCUCUACAAAACCUGGACGUCUGCAGGAAAUAACUCAAGCUUAGUGAUUUUUUUAAUCUUAUUCGAAUGUACACUGAUGAAUGUAACUGAGAGUAGUGGAUCUUUUAAGAAAAAGGAGGCAACUACAACCACUGUACAACCUAGCGCUUUUGGGAGACGGGAGGCACCUACAACCACUGUACAACCUAGCGUUUCAACUAACGAAGGUAACCCAAGAGAACCUCCUCCCCCAUAUCGUGGUGACCUCGUGACUCGAGAUCAAUAUGAAGAUUUACGACCACGUGAUUAA